AAGCUGCACCAGAUGGAGACCCAGACUGUGCAGCGGGAGUUGGAAACUCUUCCAACCACCAAGAUGGCUCAGACCAACCCUAUGCCAGGAUCCUUGGGGCCAUGGAAGAUAACCAUCUACGAUCAAGAGAACUUCCAGGGCAAGAGGAUGGAGUUCACCAGCUCCUGCCCAAAUGUCUCUGAACGUAAUUUUGAUAAUGUCCGGUCACUUAAGGUGGAGUGUGGCGCCUGGAUUGGUUAUGAACACACCAGCUUCUGUGGGCAACAGUUCAUCCUGGAAAGAGGAGAAUACCCUCGAUGGGAUGCCUGGAGCGGGAGCAAUGCCUAUCAUAUUGAGCGUCUCAUGUCCUUCCGACCCAUCUGUUCCGCUAAUCAUAAAGAGUCUAAGAUUACCAUCUUCGAGAAAGAGAACUUUAUUGGACGCCAGUGGGAAAUCUGUGAUGACUACCCUUCCUUGCAAGCCAUGGGUUGGUUCAACAAUGAAGUUGGUUCCAUGAAGAUACAAUGUGGGGCCUGGGUUUGCUACCAGUACCCUGGAUAUCGUGGUUAUCAGUAUAUCUUGGAGUGUGACCACCAUGGAGGAGACUACAAGCACUGGCCAGAGUGGGGAUCUCACGCCCAGACUUCCCAGAUCCAAUCAAUUCGCCGAAUACAACAAUAGAGCAAAAGUUCCAAAAAUCCCUCAAGCAUGACAUCUUGCUAAGCACUCUAGAAUUUCAUGUUCUGCCCAGACACUGCUUCCAAAUGUUAGCGCUAAAAUCCACAAUAAAUGUCAUUUAAAAAAAAGUACCUUGGAAACGGA